AUGUCCUGUGAAAACGAACACAUUCACGGCCACAGCCAUGGCGACGGUGACGGCGACGACCACGUUCCACCUAUUCCCACGUCAAUUGCGUCCCUGCUCAAUCUGAAAGUCGAUUUGCCUCAUGUUACAGCACUCAAUCUUGAAAACAAGCCUGAAGACUUGGCCAAGCUAUUUAAAGACUCCAACACCCGCUACAACCUCCAGCCGGUGGUGAAGCUGGACGCAGACGAACAGCUUAUCUUGCACGUGCCUUUUUUGAACGGAUCCGUGAAACUCCACUCCAUAAUCCUCAGAACAAACGGAGACAAGUUCUGUCCAAAGUCGAUCAAAUUGUGGAAGAACAACAGAGAUAUCGACUUUGACAACGUUGAUCUGGUCAAGCCGCUCCACAAGCUCGAGCAUCCUCAUGUCGGGGUGAACUACAACGACGAUGAUGACGAAAUACCCGAGGUCUUGGAGGACGAUGCUGAUUUUGUAGAGCACCACGUUCCCAGGCACAUUUUCACGGGCAUCCAGCAUUUGACGUUGUUUUUCGAGGAUAUCUACGGAGACGAGGAGCAGACGCAUUUGCAUUCCAUCGAGCUUCGGGGAGAGUUUACGGAGCUUACAAAGGACCCUGUGGUGACAUUAUAUGAACUGGCACCUAACCCAGCAGACCACAAGGUUGCAGAGGCCACAACACAGAUGCAGAGCUUCCACUAG